AUAGUUCCCUAGACAAUAAUGUAGCUCUAUGUAGAUCAAAAAAAAUUCAAGUGCAAAGCAAGUGACGAAUAAGCAGAACCGCAGGGCGUAUGUAUGUAGCAUGGCUGGAAAGCUAAGGCAAUUGCCGGAGACCGGUGAAAAUGUCCUGGUCCGUAGUCUACAAACUCUGCCCGAGGACAUUAUACGCUGCAUAUUCGUCUUUUUACCUCGACUAUGUGAUAAGGUGCAUCUUGCCUGUGCUGACCCCAAAUUUCGUCACAUCUUCGAGAGAUGGGCACGUAACCAAAAGAUUAACCUAGAUACUGAGGAUGUGGAACUAAUGACAUUGCCAGAAAUGAUUAAUUUCUUCACUAUGGCCGGACCAUUUAUUCAGGUACUUUAUGUGAAUUCUGCCUCUUUUGAAAAGGAAUCGUUGGUAGUAGAGUUCAUAGUGGAGUAUUGCAAAAAUCUCGAGGAGAUUUACUAUACCAAUGUGACCGAUGAGUUUCAUUAUCGCAUCAUAAUGGCAAAAUCGACAAAAUUGAAGAAAGUAUCCAUCGAUUGCAUGGACGCCGAUGAUGUUUUAACAUUUGAUUUAGAAGCCAAUCAGGACUUGGAAUACUUUGAGCUCAUCAAUGGCUGUUAUACUGGCAAACAUCUUUGCGGCUUUCCUAAACUUCAGACUCUGGUGCUACGUGAUUGCCUACUAUGGAAUUCUGGCGAAUUUGGCAUACCCCUAAAAUCUCUAAAAGUCUUAGAUUUAGAUGAUUGCUGUUUUGAAGUUAUGAAUCAAUCGUUAUUCGACAAAAUCACUGAAUGCUGCAUUGAACUGGAGGAGCUCUCUUUCUCUGGUUGUGACAUGAAUUUCGAAGUCAUUGCCCAAUUGCCGGAGCUCAAACGUUGUACUCUAAAGACCUGGAUGACAUCCAAUGAGUUGAAUCUUGGUUUUCUGGCCCAACUGGCCGAACAGAAAGGCAACAAACUAACCACUUUGCAUUUAUCUGGACAAUUUCUUAUUACCAACGAGCACGUUCGGUAUAUUGGACAAUUUAGCUCUCUGAAGGAAUUACGUUGGACUAAUAAUGAUGUUCUAGAAGACGAUCACUUUAAGUUUUUCAAUGACCUUCAUUUGUUGGAAACUUUUGCACUUUCCUGGUGUGGACAAGUCACAGAUUUGGGCCUCAUGAGAUUAUUGCGAAAGUGUGAACAACUUAAGGUAAUCGAUCUAACAGAUUGUGAAUUGAUAACAAAUGAGUUUGUGAUCAAUGCUAUAGCCUGUUGUGCCAAGUCAUCUUCGUAUAGGCACUUGGUGGUGAAUUCUAAAGGCACCAAGAUUAAGGAAACUAUGUUAACACAUCCAGACUAUUUGGCAUACUUGAAUCAUGUGAAACUCAACUUUACAAAUAAAUGAAUGGACAAUUUGA